AAAAACAAAAAACCCAAAAAACCACCCAGCUCCUUGAAGGUUGGGGAGGCUCCGAGCCUUGAGGAAGUUUGGGAAGUCUGGCCAGUGGACACGUCAGGGCUGUACUCCCUGGGCUGGCUUUGUCUGCUUUCCAGGCUGCCUCUCCAGAUGCACUGUGGCCUUUGCAGGCCCUCCAUCCUGUGAGGUCCAAGGCCCCAGUGCCUGCCAGGUGGGAGAGACUCCUGGGCUGAAGGGGAUCAGUUCUGAGAAGAUGAAAGAGGAGAGCAUGUGCCCAGACUCCCCCGAAGGCAGCCUGGUCACUAGUGAGGAGGAGGGCGAACGGCUUCACAAGAAAUGUCUCCGCAAGCGCGGCCAGAUGGGCAAACCCGUGGAGGAUUGUGGCUCGCAUUCUCCGCAGGGCAAGCGCAGCAAGCGCAGCCCCGUUCCCCAGUCCUUCGAGGACGUGCACACUCAGCGGGUGAUCGCCAAUGUACGGGAGAGGCAGCGCACCCAGUCACUCAACGAUGCCUUUGCCGAGUUGCGGAAGAUCAUCCCCACGCUGCCCUCCGACAAACUCAGCAAGAUUCAGACCCUCAAGCUGGCCGCCCGCUACAUAGACUUCUUGUACCAGGUGCUGCAGAGCGAUGAGCUGGACCACAAGAUCACCAGCUGCAACUACCUGGCCCACGAGAGGCUCAGCUACGCCUUCUCUGUCUGGAGGAUGGAAGGGGCUUGGUCCAUGUCAGCAUCUCACUGAGCCUGCAGGAUCCAGCCAACAGGUGCUCCUGGGAUGAGGGGUGAACAAGCGUCAUGCUUCUGCCUCAAACAAAAGAAAACAUCAGCUAAGCCAGAAAAAGCACCCCAAAGCCAACAACGCUAUUCUUCUCCUGAGCAGCCUCCCAGCGAGGGGAGGAGAGCAGGCACCCCUUUGGUACCACGAUGACUUCUCAGCACAGGAACCACUCUCAAUUCCUCUGUCCUUUGACAAAGACCCUGGAGAAAACUGGGUCUCUAGAAGAGGUAGAAAUCCAAGCCAGGCCUGGACCAUUUGGCUUGUAACAAGCUUGCCGGAUAGUGUGUAUAAAACUCUUUUGGAAGAUAAUUUAUUUUUGAAUAGCAGAAAACAAAUUCUCUGUUGGUACUAGCUUUCUGCUUUGCAAGUGCCCUGGGUACCCACCAGAAAGGCUCCAAAGGGUCCAUUCACUCCCAUUUGUGCCCAGUGCUUGGCCUGCUGAUGGGAUCAGCCCUGACAUGUCUCCUCCACACAUCCUGCAGCGGGACUGGAUAACGCAAGAAUAGAAUCUCCUGGAAGUUAUCUGUGUCCCAUUUAAUCUGCCCUCCCACAGCAGCCAGGAUUCCCUUGGGAGUCUCUCCCAUUUGCCGUCAACAACGGCCCAGAUAAGAGGGCUCAAUUUGUGCCACCCUGCGGCCCCCAUUUUUCUCACCUCCCAUUUUGUCAGAUACUAGAAGCCAUAGAAAGAAGUCUGAUUUCCUGGUUUCGGUGAGCUGUGCUGGAAUUGCCAAUGAGGGGUUUAUGAUCCCAACUUCCACUAGCUGAAGCCCGCUGGCUGCUUCCUCUAGACUAGAGGACUAUGCGGCAGUGCAGGCAUCCCCAGAAAUGUACCCAGAUGCUUAUUAGAACCUUAAGAUGUUCCUUUGUCUAUAGCAUUAAGCAGCUUCUUCCUGGACCUAUUUCCUCAUCUAGUCUCCGCCCCUUGUGAGUUACCAGCACAGCUCUCCUGGGAGUGAGUGGGUGGAGCCAAUGAAGGGCAGAGCGAGUGCUGGCCAACAGACCACAUGCUCCUCAUUGGGACUGGCAUGUGCCGAUUUCCUGGAUGACGACUCAGUCCAGCCACGUUUGCAGACUGUUUGCUUCUUGCUUUAGUGCUGCUUAGAAAGGCAAUUCAUAUAGUGGGUAAAAUGAAAACUCCAGAGGGCAAAGAGAAGAGAUGAGAACUUCCAGGACUAUCCAGUCCUCAUUGCUUUAGAGCUUCCUAGUUUUGGAAAUGCAAAAACACAGCAUCCAGGGCUUUGUCUAAUAACCGAGGCAGAGCCUUGGCCUGUCUGUAUUUAACAUCUGUUAUUAUGUCACUGUAAGGACUCUGCCCUCUGAACAAACCUGCAUGAAAAUAAAAUCAUGAUUUGUGCCCCUGCCUGGCACGCAGAGUGCUACAUAAGGUGCUUUGUUGUGGGUGGUGCUGGCCUGGCUGAUGUCAUACCACACGUCCCCCUCCCCCAGAGAGUAGUGCAAGCCCUGGUGCUACCGGAUGCUGGAGGUUUGUGGCAGCUCCUACUACAUUCCUCCCCACUAACCCCCGAACAGGGAUUUAGAGAUUCAAACCCUUAAGCAUAUAAGAACUUGUAUCAGAAACUUCUCAGAGACCUGCCACUUCAAUCCUGUUGGUUGGAGCCAGUAGAUUCUGCUAGCUUGGCUGGUUGAAAAUCAAGGGCAGAAAAAUCUCACAUUCAAAUUCCUGGGGUUUUCCCAUCAGAAUUAGAGAGUUUACUGAUAUUUUAAAUUGAAAUUUUUGCCCAGCUCUGAUACUAGACAAGACUAAGAAACUGCCUCUGGAGCAGGUUAGGAGUGACCUCUCCAAGCUCCGUCAGCACCCAGGUGAGGCUGAGAGACCAUUCACAGCCACAGAGGAUGGUGGAGGGAUGCAACACGCAGCAAGUGAAUUUGCAGCAUCACAACCAUGCUGGUCCCCAGGGUUUUGCUUUUAAACUUAACUGAUAAGGCACCUCUGCACUGGUCCUUUCCCAGUCUAGAAGGGACCAGCUGUGCAGCAAGGCCACAGCGCCUAAAUCCAUAUUUACACAUCUAAAUCUGGUGUGCUACUGAAGCAAAAGGUCUCGGCACCUCUGGAAAUCAGCCCAUUUCUUUAGGCACCCAAGUGUGAACGCUUUGGCUGAAGGAUACAUAGCAAAGGUGUGGGCAUUUCCACAUGGACACUUACUGAGCUAAUGACAGAUUGCUAUGGAGGGUCCCAGCACUUAAUUUCUUACACGGAUGAGCUUUUCUCUGAGCAAUGUUUUGUGCACAAUAGUUCUGCCCUCCAAGACAAGAGCUAUGCAGAUGCUGAAAACUGCUCCAACCCCCCCGGAUCUGGGAUAUCUGGAACCAACCCCACCCGGAUCUCCUGCUGCAGCACGACCCUGGUUAUUUCUCCUGAUUCUCCAGACACAACAGGCAGUUUCCUCGCAUUCAGGUGCAAACCCAGAGGACAAGCAAUCAUGAAAAAAGACAAUGCCUCCACAUCUUCCCCACCAUCAGCAAACCAAACUGUGGCUGCUGAAAAGGGGGGAAACUGUUGUUCUCCUUCCAGCAGCCGGGAGUCCAGGCAGACUCUGGUUCCUGUUUGACUAUAAAUGAUAAAAAUGACAAAAUCUGUAUUCUUCAAACACACUCUCCCUCUCUUGCCACAGAUCUCAUCAUAAUUAAUUGGGGGGGGUAUGCGCCCAUACAAUCUCCUGCCUCUAUAUGGAAACACAACUGCGCAAUAUUGUGUUACAAGCCCCAUUCUGUUCCCAAGUGACAGACGAGCAAACUGAGUUUACCCACAUCAGUGCAAGUCACUUUUUAUACCCCUUCAGCACCAUGGGAUUGCACCCUUGUAGCUGCACCAAUGCAAAAAACACCCAAGAUAGUCAAACCUUAUUGUGACAUCAGAGGUAACUCCACCAAUCAUUGCCCUGCCUAGCCUCAUUUGCAUACUGCAAUUCCAUUGGUUGAACUGAGUAAGACAGCAGAAAAAGUAUCCAUUAAUACAUUAAUGGUUAUUAAUAUAUUAAUUACAUUAAUUCAUUAAUACUUAUGCACAUGAAAUUUUAUUCACAUGCAUUGUCCUGGUGCAACAUAUGGAAUUACUCACAUGAGUGCAUGUGUGUAUUUCUUUGUAGGCUCCAGCCAUUCAGUUUUAGCUGCCAGCCACCGGAAAGUCUGGGAAGAAUUUUCCAGCUUAAAUGUGUUUUUCCCUAUGUAAUCCUUACUUUUUACAUAUUACAACUGGUGGAUGCUCUACCCUCAUGAGCUGAUAGCAGUUUUCAAACUAUCUAAUUGUUCAUUAAAAUAAAUAAAAAUCAUAUUAAAAUAUGA